GCCAGUCGUAGGGUUCGCGGCAACUUGUACAAGAAGAUCAUCUUCAACUGCAGAUCGCAGGAUCUCGUCCAUCGUUGAUAAAAGUGGUCGCGUGCCCUUGAGCCAAACUUCCUUCCUUGCAUCGCCUCCUGCCUUUAUUGCUCGAGCAGAAUCUCAAUCCUAUUUUUACUUACUACCUGCCUUUCUCAGACACCUGAUUACACACUGCGAUAUAACAUCUCCGCUCAGUGCUCUGUGUAUAGCCAUAUAUUGGCAGAUACUUGACCUCCCUCGCGACUAAAGUCAACCAUUUCCCAAAGCGACAUCCCGAAUACCCAUCGCGACCCUUGAACUCGACAGCAAUAAUCGAACAAAUCGCUAGAACAACUCACAGCCAUGGAACGACCACUCAGCAUCGAGAAGCACUCCGGCGAUGUCUCUCCAGAAGCAGCACCAAUCCAAGAGCACCCUACAACAUCCACGGCGGGAAACAUUCCAUCAGUAUACGACGAAAGCGAAAAGACAAAAUGGGAACGACUCUGGCCUGUCAUCGCUUGUGGUGCCGGUCUUUUCAGUGACGGCUACCUGAACGGUGUCAUUGGUUUCGUCUCCACCAUGCUUGGGAAAAUUUAUCCUACUAGCUAUGCUACGUCGCCUGCUCAGCGUAACGUCUCAUCUAUCACAUUCGCAGGAACCGUUGUGGGUAUGCUCGUUUUCGGAUACACUUCUGAUCACUACUCCCGCAAGUGGAGUCUGUUUGCUAGCACAGUCAUCUUGAUCCUCUUCGCUGCACUUAGCGCAGGUAGCUAUGGAGCAGGUGGCAGUAGCUCAGGUCUAUUUGCUGCACUGACAGCAUGGAGAUUCCUCUUGGGUAUCGGUAUUGGUGGUGAGUAUCCGGCAGGCAGUGUUGGCUGUGCUGAGAGCACCGGUGAACUCAAGAGUGGAACUCGCAAUCGCUGGUUUAUACUAUUCACCAACGUCCAGAUUGAUAUCGGCUUCGUCGUUUCUGCUCUAGUCCCCAUGAUUGUGGUCCUCAUUACUGGCGAGAACCACCUUCGUGCCGCCUGGCGCAUUUGUCUGGGACUCGGUGUUAUUCCACCUCUUUCCCUCCUAUACCUUCGUCUGAAGCUCAAGGAGCCCGAAGCCUACCGCCGCGAGACCAUGGCCAAAGCAAAGACACCCUGGCUUCUGGUUAUCAAGUUCUACUGGUGGCGCCUAACCAUCGUCUCCCUAAUCUGGUUCAUCUACGACUUUUCCGGCUAUUCAUUCUCUCUGUUCAGCAGUACGAUCGUAGACAACUUGCUCGGCGAGGACUCGCCACUCUGGAAGACUUUCGGAUGGACUACCCUCAUCUAUCUAUUUUACCUGCCAGGCUGUAUCGGCGGAUCAUUUGUCAGUGACUGGCUAGGCCCGAAGUUGACCCUCGGUAUCGGCGUCCUUGCUCAGGGAAUCGUUGGCUUCAUCAUGGCUGGUUGCUACAGCAAGCUCGCCGAGCCCGCGAACGUGGGCGGCUUCGUUGUCGUCUACGGUGUCUUCCUCGCUCUAGGUGAAUUCGGCCCCGGUGACAACAUUGGUCUCAUCGCCUCAAAGUCCUGUGCUACAGCCGUCAGAGGUCAAUACUACGGUAUCGCUGCCGCAAUUGGAAAGAUUGGCGCCUUCGUCGGCGAUCAAGUAUUGGCUAUCCUGUACAACCGCUAUAUUGAUUCGGACCCUAUCAAAGCUGGCCAAUACCCUUUCUUUGUAUCUUCAGCCCUCUGCAUCCUGAGUGCAGGUAUUGCAUUCUUCCUGCUGCCGCACAUUGGACAAGAUACCAUUGACGAGGAAGACCAAAAGUUCAGGGCGUACUUGGCAGAGAAUGGAUACGACAUCAGUCAGAUGGGUGUGCAAGAGAGUGCUGAACACAUCGUCGGUCAAGGUGAGAUGGAUGGAAGUGAUAAAAUCACCGAGAAGGCGUCCAAGGCUUGAUGCUGAGUGUCGAGUUAAGAGUUUUGUACAUUGUAAUUCAGAUUGACAUAUCUCAAACUAUGAAGUGUUUAACAUCCAAACUCAG